AGACGACAAAGUGACCGUGGUAGAAGACAGUGAUGUCAUAUUACCCUGUUCUCUCAGCACCAAGGAGAACAUUGAGUCAAAAGAGUUUCACUGGAAGAAAGUUGCUCAGAAAGAUCCGACCAAUGUGUUAGUGUAUAACGGACGAUUGAUAACAACCUUCAGCAUAAAGAGUUCAAAGGCCGAGUCUCUCACUUUCAAGAUGAACUGAAAUACGGCAACGCCUCCAUAAUCAUCAGAAAUACAACGAUAUCUGACAGUGGAAACUACACCUGUGAUUUUCCUAUUCUUCAGCCACCUCAAACAUUCUACAUUGAGCUUGUUGUUGGUCCAGUUUUAAAAGACAGAAGAAGGGAAAACUCGGGUGUAUCUCUAGAGCCAUCAGUCACGUCACUUGAAGUCACAAAGAACUGGGCGUCUGCAGUGUAAAGUUAAAGGUGCCUCUCCAAAACCUGAAGUAGAGUGGCAGGACAGUGAUGGAAACAAACUUCCUGCUGAGGAGAGACCGGUCUCAAACCCAGGAGGCCCCGACGCGACAUCAUCCUCCUAACUACUGUGACCAAGACCGGAACUAUCGGCUGUGUUGUCACACAGAGAGAAUUCAACCAUCAGACUGCUUCCCAGAUUCACGUAUAUAUCCAAGGUGUGCAAGAUUUUGGGUCUCACCCUUCUUUAUUGCCGGAGAAGACAGCGGCAGCGGCGGCGGCAGCACAUGCAUUGGGUUCUUCCAAUCCUUCAGGACCGUAGGAGCAUUGGCGAGUACCAUCAACUGGUGCAGGAGUUGCGUGUGGACGAUCAUCUGUUCCAGGGUUAUUUCAGGCUCACCAAGGAGCAAUUUGAUAAUCUGCUCUCCUGGGUCAGGCCACAGAUCGCCAAGCGAGAUACUCAGAUGCGCGCAUCUAUAGGGCCAGCUGAGCGUCUGGCUAUUUGUCUUCGAUACCUUUCCACUGGUAACUCAUUCAAAGUAAUUAGUUACGCUUACAGGGUGGGCCGCACCACUGUGGCCAACAUAGUUGGAGAGGUAUGUCAGGCCAUAUGGGACUGCCUGGUGGAUGAGUUCAUGCCCGUACCAACCAAGGAGGACUGGAGUGCCAUCGCUGAUGACUUCUUCCACAAGUGGAAUUUCCCAAACUGCUUGGGUUCCAUCGACGGGAAGCAUGUUGUCAUUCAGGCCCCCUCCAACUCAGGUUCUCUGUACUUCAACUACAAGCACACAUUUUCCAUCGUGUUGCUUGCUAUAGUGGAUGCAGAUUAUUUGUUCCGGGUGGUGGAUGUGGGUAGCUAUGGCCGGAACAGCGACGGUGGGACCCUGAACAACUCCCCAUUUGGUGAGGCCCUGAAGGAUGGCACCUUGGACCUGCCAGAGGACUGCGUUAAUGCUGGAGCUGAACACCGUGGCCGCCUACCACAUGUUUUUGUGGGGGAUGAGGCCUUUCCUCUUCGUAUGAACCUGCUGCGACCCUUCCCCGGCUCAAACCUCACGGUUGACAAGAGGGCAUUCAACUACCGUCUCAGCCGUGCCAAGCUAACAGUGGAGUGCGCCUUUGGUAUCCUCUCCAGCCAGUGGAGGAUGUACAACCCAGCAACCAGAGUCGGCAGUAACAACGCCUGCAGAGCUACCUUCCGAGUCAGGGACACAUUCUCUGAAUAUUUCAAUGCAGAGGGUUCUGUUUACUGGCAACCACAACCACAGCCAUAGUGCAUGAAAACAAAAAAGGCUCUUUUAACUCUUGUGGG